GGCCCCGAUUCUGCGCAUGUGUGGCGCUGCGAGCGCGCCGGGGGCCGCCCUUCCCCCACCGCCAGCCGCGAGUGGGUGACAGGGCCCCGGUCUCUGCGCGUCUUGGCCGCUCCCCGCCGUGACCCGGCCUGGCACCGAGCCACGAGUGGAAGCCGUGCCCUUGCAGUUCUGCCUUCCUAGUUCUCUGCCUUUACUCAAAAACUGCAGAAAAUGAACAAAUCCCAGGGAUCAGUUUCAUUCACGGAUGUGACUGUGGACUUCACCCAGGAGGAGUGGGAACAACUGGACCCCGCUCAGAGGAUCCUGUACAUGGAUGUGAUGCUGGAGAACUACAGCAACUUGCUGUCAGUAGAAGUCUGGAAGGCUGAUGACCAGAUGGAGGGCCACCCCCGCAGCCCCGAGGAGCAGGCAAGGCAGUUCAUCAUCCAUAAGAGCCCAGUGGAGGAAAGAGGUAAUCCCUUUGGAAAAACAUUGAAUCUGAGCACAGAGUUUGUUUCCUUAAGACAAGUGCCCUAUAAAUACGACUUAUAUGAGAAGACUUUGAAAUAUAAUGCAGACUUACUUACUACUAAUAAAAGCUAUGCAAGAAAGAAAGCUGAUGGCUACAAUGGAUUUGGAAAACCGCUGCUGUGUCUGAAGCAAGACAGAGCACACCCUGGCGUCGAGUGCUCUGAAUUUCAUCAAAGUGGAAAAGCUGUUGCUCAUAAAGAAGGCCUUUUUAAACAUCAAAAAAUUAAAAAUUUGGUCCAACCUUUUAUUUGUAACUACUGUGACAAGGCUUUCUCCUUUAAGUCACUCCUUAUCAGUCAUAAGAGAAUACAUACUGGAGAAAAACCGUACGAGUGCAACGUGUGUAAGAAGACUUUCUCCCAUAAGGCCAACCUCAUCAAACAUCAGAGGAUUCAUACUGGGGAGAAGCCCUUUGAAUGCCCGGAGUGUGGAAAAGCCUUCACUCACCAGUCCAACCUCAUUGUGCACCAGAGAGCACACAUGGAGAAGAAGCCCUACGAGUGCAGUGACUGUGGGAAGACAUUUGCCCAGAAAUUUGAACUCACUACACACCAGAGAAUCCACACAGGGGAGCGGCCCUAUGAGUGCAAUGAAUGCGCGAAGACCUUCUUCAAGAAAUCAAACCUCAUUAUACAUCAGAAAAUCCACACAGGGGAGAAGCGCUAUGAGUGCAGUGAGUGCGGCAAGUCCUUCAUCCAGAACUCGCAGCUCAUCAUCCACAUGAGAACUCACACAGGGGAGAAGCCCUACGAAUGUUCUGAGUGCGGCAAAACCUUCAGCCAAAGGUCGACGCUGAGGUUGCACCUGAGAAUCCACACGGGCGAGAAGCCCUACGAGUGCUCCGAGUGUGGGAAGGCUUUCAGCAGGAAGUCCCGACUCAGCGUCCAUCAGAGAGUUCAUGGAACAGAGAAGCCCUAGCCUGCCACCAGGACGCUGCCGGUGGCGGCGACACCUCACGGAGGUAUGAAGGAGCAAGGGAGCUCAUGCUGACGCAGUCGACACGUGGGAACGUGCCAGAAGUCAUCAUACUGCGAGUUAGCGACGGCCCGCGGCUAAGUAAGCUUACCAGAAAAUUUCCAUUUGUAAAUAGAUGUACCCAGAUGAAUUGUGAAUGAGUUUAAUAUUCUGGGCAGCAUAAACAGUACCCUUGAAAUUUAGUGGCUAUAUGUGGACUGUGUCACAAUACAAAAAUUAUGUUUUAAAUAUUCACAUCUGAAUCUGUCACAAGAAGUUUAAAACUCUUGUCCUCUGGAAGAAUUGGACACAUCAGACAGGAUUUUCCAUGUAAAUAUCAGUUUAGUACCUUUCCAACCCAGUGUGCAUUCCAAAUGAGACGUCUGACGGGUGUUACCGCAGCACGUGGCCGGUGUUUUCUCCUAGUGCUUGCCAGUACAUGCAGGUUGCACGGACACUGUUUUCAGUGGCCUCUUCACUGCAGACAGUACUAACCUCUGCCUGGGUCUGCUGAGGCGUCCAGAGUAUUCUUACGCGCUGUGUAGAGGUGAGGUAGCGAAAGGAGGCAGCUGGGAACCGUGUCGCGUGUCGCUCAGCGCUCACCACAGAAAGCAGUGCCGUGUGCGCAGUGCCCUGCCCGGGGUGUUCACACAAGUGCAUGUCUUUUACCAAAAUACUGUCUAACCUGGAUAGCGCCUGUGUUUCUGUGUGUUUCCCUGUUUCUCAGUAUUUUAUGAAUUGUCUUGCAAAAAAGAUUGUAGGGUGCUUAUGUAGCUGACAAAUGUUACGCUUCAGAGAGUUUAGAGGAAAAAUAAAGAAUUGUUUUAUUGCUUUUUAAAAUUUGUACUGCAAAAUCCACUUUAGAAGUGAGUUUUUGGAGUAUUGUUUGACAUUUCUACUUGAGUUUCACUGCUGUCAACCUAAAACAUUUUUUUACUACCUUUAACUCUUUAUAAUUGGGCUUCAAUAGUCUCUCCAUCUAUUAUUUGAUUUUUAAUGAAAAAAUUGUCUUUAUGUAACUCAAAGAUAAUGCCGUUUUAAACUGGAUUUCAAGUUCACAGGUUCAGCCUUUUCCUAUCAGUUAUAAAUCAUGUAUUAGCAUUACAAAUGGCAACGAAAAUUGGGCUUAUUUUUGAGGUUCACAGGUGGGCGGUGACUACAUAGGAAUGUUAUUGACUGAAUAAUUUACAGUAAUGUCCACAACGCAGUAAGUCUUUGUAAGUUGUGAUUUACCCACUGACAACAAGGAAGCCAGGAAAAAAGCUAAUUUAGCACACUGCUGUUGGAAGUGCACAUUGUGACAGCCUCCGUGGGAAACAUCCUGUCUUAACUUUAAAGAAUACAUACACUUUAACCCAGGAAUCUGCUGGGAAUCUAGUGAAGAAAAAAGUAAAGUGCCAGUACUUAAUACUAUAUAUUUAUCAGUGUAUAAUGUAAUAUAUUUUGAAUAAGGGCCAGGGAAAAAGGGGGAAAUCACCAUCAAUAAGAACAUGAGUGAAUAAAUUAUGAUAAAAAAUGUGCCAUGGUUGAAUGGCGUUCCAUUGAAGAGACUGUGGAAGAGCGAACUCUUGCAGACCAAACAAAGAAAUGAGUAAGGGAGAACUGAUUUUUGUAAAAUAAAGAUCUAGAAACUUUAAA